AUGAAUGGUACUGCAUCUAACGGCAAGCCGAGAUCUGAAAAGGAUACAAAUUUGAUGCCCCCUCCGAAAACUGUUGCCGGAAGAGCGCUAGGGAAUGACGUGCAUUCCGAUUCCCACAAGAAAUCACAAGCAUCCAGGGAUGGUGUCGGGUGCGCCCUAACAGACACUCCGAUUUCUACCGCACCUUCGUCCCCACAGUUUGUCGCUACAAGCCAGGCGUCCACACCCGGUCGCGUUCGUGCCACUACCCUUGACAUCCCCGGCCUUACCAAGUCCAAGGUCUCUCCCGAUGGACGUAUCGCUCAGCGUGACCUCGGCUCCAAGCUGGUCAUUAUCAUGGUCGGUUUACCCGCACGGGGUAAGAGCUAUGUCACAAAGAAACUUGCCCGUUACUUGAACUGGCUGCAACAUGAUACCGAAAUAUUCAACGUCGGGGAGCGUCGUCGCGUUGCGGCAGGAAAAUCUCCGGCUGCUCCGGGGCGUCACAGAAACAGUUCUGUGCAGCAAGAACUCGUUGACUCUGUACGUCGUCUCAGCGUUAGUGUCGGUGGAAUGACAGCUGCGAAGAACGAGUCGGUACCUGCACCCCAGGAUGAUUCGCCCCCCGAACUCGAUAAUGCUCUUCCACCACCUGUUAUGCCGGCCAAGAUCCUCCUCAACGGACAAGAGGAUGAAUCGGCUGUGAUGCCGGACGAACCCGCCGUUAUUCCCGCCAGUGAAGCUGAAGUUCAGGAUCAGGAACGCAUAGUUGAAGCAUCUCCCGAGCCAAUGGAUCAGUCGGCCAAUUUUUUCGAUCCUAAGAAUCAAAGGGCUCUGAAGUUGAGAGAGCAGGUGGCUCUUGAAACUUUGGAUGAACUUCUGGAUUACAUUCUCGAGCGCGGUGGCAGCGUUGGCAUCUUGGACGCUACCAACAGCACACUCGAACGCCGUAAAGCCAUUGUCGAUCAUAUUCAGAAGCGUGCUGGCCCGGAACUCGGCGUUUUGUUCCUUGAAAGUAGCUGUGAGGAUCCCGAUCUUCUGGAAGCAAAUAUGCGCCUGAAGCUGUCCGGUCCGGAUUACAAAGACCAGGACCCUGUCAAAUCCCUUGAGGACUUCAAGAAACGUGUUGCUAUGUACGACAAGUCCUACUUCCCGCUCGGCGAAUACGAAGAGUCGUUGAAUAUGCCGUAUAUCCGCAUGAUUGACGUCGGACGCAAGGUCGUUUCCCAUCAAACUCAUGGCUUUCUCUCUUCCCAGGUUGUAUACUAUCUCCUCAACUUCAACCUCUCACCACGUCAGAUAUGGAUCACCAGGCACGGUGAGAGUAUAGACAACCAGGCCGGUCGUAUUGGUGGUGAUUCUGAACUGAGCGAGAAUGGCCAUCGGUACGCAAAGGCGUUGACUCGGUUCAUGAAUGAACAGAGAAAACUUUGGGAAGUGAAUCAGAGGCAGAAGGACAUGAUGUCGCAAAUGCCACCACGCGCUGGGGACAGCACUCCACCGAACCCUUCAUAUAUUCCCCGAGACCGGCCACGCAAUUUUUGUGUCUGGAGCUCAAUGAUGCAGCGUACUGUACAAUCGGUUGAGCAUUUUAACGAAGAUGACUAUGAUGUCAAGCAAAUGAAGAUGCUCGAUGAACUAUAUGCGGGCAAGAUGGAAGGAAUGACUUACGAAGAGAUCCGCGAGAAGUUCCCCGACGAGUACGCAACCCGCAAGAAGAAUAAGCUGUACUACCGCUAUCCCGGCCCUGGUGGCGAGGGAUACCUAGACAUUAUCAACAGACUUCGAGCAGUUAUCAUCGAAAUGGAGCGAAUGACCGAUCAUGUGCUUCUCGUCACUCAUCGCUCAGUUGCACGCGUUCUUCUGGCUUACUUCCGCGGCCUCAAGCGUGAUGAGGUUGCUGAUCUAGAUGUGCCGUUAGGAAUGUUGUACAUGUUAGAGCCUAAGCCUUAUGGCGUGGAGUUCAUGGCAUAUCGUUACAAUCCGAAGUCCGACUGGUUCGACUAUAUUCCGGAUUUCCAACUCCAGCAAGCUACACAUCCUUAA